GAAUAGUAUAUAUAUAUUGAUAAAAUGAACAUGUUCAAUGGAUCUCCAGAAAAAGAAACAAUGAUGGGAUAAGUAAAAGACAUUUAUAAUUUACCUCCAAAAGAGUUUGGACCUUAAGAUGAGAAUGUGAUAGAAUGUGAAGAUGUAUCAAAGGGUAUCCUAAUCUUUAAUUUUAUAGAGUUUAAUUUAAUUGGAAGAGAUGAGAAGGUUUAUGCUCUUAAAGAGAUUAAUUUAAAAUAAAAUGAUGAAUUUUAUCCAAUAAAAAGGGGAGAAUUUGUAAUAAUUAGAGGACCAUCUGGUGGUGGAAAAACUACUUUUUUAAAUUAAAUAGGAACAAUUGAUACUCCAACUAGUGGGUCAAUAAGUUAAUAAUAAUAAUAAAUAUGAUAGGAUUAUUGGGAUAAGAAGUGAAUAAAUUAUCAAAAGAUUCUUAUUUGAGUGAAUUAAGAUUGACAACAAUUGGAUUUGUGUUCCAAACAUUUAAUUUAAUAGCCACAAUGACAGCUUAUGAAAAUGUAGAAUUACCAAUGAGAAUAUUGGCGAAAUUAGUAAAUAAUUAUAUAUAUAAUAGUCAGAUAAAGAAAUAAAAAAGAGAGUGAGAGAAUUAUUAAAAAGUGUAGGACUAUAGGAUAGAAUGGAUCAUUUACCAUCAGAAUUAUCUGGUGGUGAAUAAUAGAGAGUAGCAAUAGCUAGAUCUUUGGCUAAUUCACCUUAGAUUUUAUUAUUAGAUGAACCUACUGGAGAUUUAGAUUCAAAAUCAACAGUAGAAGUAAUGGAUAUAUUAUUGAAACUUAAUAAUUUUGGAUAUGAAGAAUCUAAUCGAACACCUUGUACUAUGAUUAUGGUAACACAUAAUCCUGAUCUUGAAUGUUAUGCUCAUAGAAUUAUUUAUAUCAAAGAUGGAAAAAUUGAAAAAUAAGCUAUAAAUGAGAGAUAAUCCCCAUUAAGAUAUGAAUAGUACCUUCACUAUCUUAACAGUUAAAACUGA